UGUAACCCAAGAAGUGAAAGAGACGCGGACCCGCGAGCCCAACUUCGCACCGUAACAAAGGCUGGGGGGUGCUGGCUGCCGUCUGCCGCAUCACGGGACAUGCACCCGCUGGUCAGAAGUACCUGUCUGCCCGCUGGGCGGCAGGAGCCCCUCUGAAAAUGGCGAGAUAAGACACAGCUUCGGGCCCUCACGACACAAGGCUUUGCCGUGACACCACGUCGUCCCGAUGGACCACAGCAGAGAGGCUGAGAUGGAGCUGAGGAGAGGACCCAGCCCACCCAGGGCCGGCAGGAGCCACGAGGUGGACGGGGACAAGGCUGCCUGCCACAGCUGCUGCAUCUGCGGCAAGAGCUUUCCCUUCCAGAGCUCCCUGUCACAGCACAUGCGCAAGCACACGGGGGAGAAGCCCUACAAGUGCCCCUACUGUGACCACAGGGCUUCCCAGAAGGGCAACCUCAAGAUUCACAUCCGCAGCCACCGGACAGGGACUUUGAUCCAGGGGCACGAGCCGGAGGCCGGCGAGGCGCAGCUGGGUGAGAUGCGGGUCUCCGAGGGCCCGGAUGGGUGUGCCAGCCCCACCAAGAGCACCUCGGCCUGCAACCGCAUGCUCAACGGGGCCGUGCAGGUGGACGGCAGCAAGAUUCUGCUGAGGAGCAGCCGCAAGGAGGUGGAGGUGAUGGCGGGUGCCCAGGAAGACGCCGAGGCCGCUGUGCAGUGCCCCUUCUGCAAGAGCCGGUUCCCGCGCCAGAAGGACCUGGAGCUGCACGUGCACCAAGCGCACAAGCCCUUCAAGUGCAGGCUGUGCAGCUACGUUGCCCUGCGGGAGGAGUCGCUGCUGAGCCACGUCGAGAGGGAGCACAUCACAGCCCAGGUGCCCAAUGGCGGCGAGGCCUGCGUGGAGAACGGCAAACCCGAGCUGAGCCCUGGCGAGUUCCCGUGCGAGGUGUGUGGCCAGGCCUUCAGCCAGACCUGGUUCCUCAAGGCUCACAUGAAGAAGCACCGAGGCUCCUUUGACCACGGCUGCCACAUCUGCGGCCGGAGAUUCAAAGAGCCGUGGUUCCUCAAGAACCACAUGAAGGCACACGGCCCCAAGGCGGGAAGCAAGAACAAGCCCAAGAGCGAGCUGGACCCCAUCGCCACCAUCAACAACGUGGUUCAGGAGGAGGUCAUCGUCGCCGGCCUGUCCCUCUACGAGGUCUGCACAAAGUGCGGGAACCUGUUUACAAACCUGGACAGCUUGAAUGCCCAUAACGCCAUACACCGAAAAGUUGAAGCCAGCCGGACUCGAGCCCCGGCUGAGGAGGGGGACACAGAGGGUCCCCUGGACAGUAAGCAGCUCUUCUUACAGUGCCUGAACCUGACACCGUGCGUGGCUGGUGAUGUUUCCCCCAGUGGGCGGUCUGGGCGGCGGGUGCCCGAGCUGGACCCCGUCAACAGCUAUCAGGCCUGGCAGCUGGCCACCAGGGGCAAGGUGGCUGAGCCGGCCGAGUACCUCAAGUACGGGACCUGGGAUGAAGCGCUGGCCGGGGACGUAGCCUUUGACAAGGACAAGCGUGAGUACAUACUGGUGAGCCAGGAGAAACGCAAGCGUGAGCAGGACGCCCCUGCUACCCAGGGUCCCCCCAGGAAGAGGGCCAGUGUCCCUGGGGACCCCAUGCUUCCUGGCCACCCGGACCCCCGGCCUGCCUCGCGCCCCAGCCGCAGGCCCGCGGCCACCGCUGGCCAGGGCAAAUCCUCCGAGUGCUUCGAGUGCGGCAAGAUCUUCCGCACCUACCACCAGAUGGUGCUCCACUCCCGCGUGCACCGCCGUGCGCGCCGAGACAGGGACCUCGAAGGGGACAGGGCGGUGCGGGCCCGCUGCGGUUCCCUCAGCGAGGGUGACUCCACGUCCCAGCCAAGCAGCCCUGGCUCGGCCUGCGCCAUCACCGACUCCCCAGGCCAGAGCUCUGGCCUGGCCGAGGAGGUGGUGGAUGAUAGCGGUGAGGAGGCUGUGCCCGAGCCCGUAGCAGGGGGCCAGCCACAUCACCGAUGCUCUUCGGGAGAGGUGGCACCCACCGCGCUCUCCAACGGAGACCAGAGUCACAGACUUGGGAAUAGCCUGCCAGAGAAAGACCUCAGCGAGCCCAAGGUGGGGAUUGCCACGCCAUCUAUGUCCAUACUUGAAAACAGCAGCAGAGAGACUGCCAAAGGUCUUGAGCAGCAUAGAUUCUUUCUUGACUUAAAGAUGCCAGCAUUUCGCCCCAAGCAGGAGGUGCCCAGCACUGUUGACCGGGUAGACUUCCCUUCAGGCAUGGAGACUAGCCUGCAGCUCACCGUGGACAGCCAGGCUGGGCAUCCAAAAGAAAAGCUGUCUGAUGUGCACAGGGAGCACUGUGGGGCAGGGAAGCGGCCCUCCGCCCCUGACCUGGCCCCACUGGACUUGAGCAUGAGGUCCAGCCGGGAUGACCCCAGUAGUAAGGAAGCAUCCUCCCUGCAGGCAGCCCUGGUCAUUCACCCGUGUCCUUACUGUAACCACAAGACCUACUACCCCGAGGUCCUGUGGAUGCACAAGCGGAUCUGGCACAGGGUCAGCUGCAGCUCUGUAGCGCCUCCAUGGACUCAGCCUAACGGCCACAAGAGCAUUCGAAGCAGCCUGGUUUUCCUUGCUCGCAGUGGGCGCACAGGCCCUCCGCCUGCUCUUGGGGGCAAGGAGUGCCAGCCCCUGCUCCUUGCUCGCUUUGCACGCACCCAGGUGCCAGGUGGGGUACCAGGAUCAAAGGGCAGCUCUUCUCCCCUUGGGGUGACUGCAAAAGCCGCUAGCAUGCCUAAGAAUAAGGAGAGCCAUUCCGGGGGCCCCUGUGCUCUGUGGGCCUCUGGCCCCGAUGGAUAUCGACAGACCAGAGCUGGCCAUGGCCAGGAGCCUUCCAGUGCUGCAGUGCAGGGACCCCUGACCAAACCCAAACAGGAGGCCAGCUCCAAGUUGGCACCUUCCCCAAGCAUCGGGGGCCUCGGCAGAAGUGCCACCCCCACACCCUCAGUCAUAACCCGUGCUGGUGCACAACCCUCAGCCAAUAGCAAGCCCGUGGAGAAACUCGGGGUCCCUGCAGCAGGGCCUGGCUUUGCCCCUUCGAAUAAGCACAGUGCCCCAGACUCUCUGAAAGCCAAAUUCAGCCCUCAGCCUCAGGGUCAGCCUCCUUCGAAAGGCGAAGGAGGCUCUCCUCUACCUCCCCGAGAAGGCCCUGCAAAGGUGGCCCAGGAGCCGAGAACUCUAGCCACCUGUGCGGCAGGAUCCAGAGGGGACACGGCCUCGCAGGCUCCACCUGGUGCACCCCCCACCAUACACUCCAUCAAGCAGGAGCCGGCAGCUGAAGGGCAGGAGAAACGCUUGGACAUCCUCAGUAUCUUUAAGACGUACAUUCCAAAGGACUUCGCCACACUCUACCAGGGCUGGGGCGUCAGCAGCCCCGCGCCUGAGCACCGAGGGGAGAGACCACACUACCCCAGGGACUGUGCCAGCGGGGCCCCUCCGAAAGGGGACCUAGAGACACGCCUCCAGCGCUCGCCCUGUGGUGGUGGUGACUGUGGCCUCACGGGCGACUGGAAGGCUCCCAGCAGUGACCAUGGCCACCUUGGGGAAGAAGAGCCAGGGUCUCCUGACCACAUACCUUAGACUUGGGAGCUUCUGCACUAGAGCAGACCGAGGGAGACGCCUCCCUUGGCAACAGUAGGGACAGCGAAGAUGCUAUGCCUAGAAGUCUGUGUAGCUCCUUCACACACGCGUAUGUACUCAUCAAGCGUGGCCUGUGUUCCCUCAUGAUAAGCAGUGCUGUUGGCGGGCACAGUGGGAGCUCAAGGCAUCUGUGUUACUCAAGACAGGCGUGAGACACUGGAAAAGAGAUACUGGUGUGUUUUGGAUGGAUCGAAGAGCUGAGCACUGUCUGGGGAGGUGAUGCUGUUGGGAUGAGGGGGUGGAGAGGUCUGCCCUGCUGCCUUUCCCUGCCUCAGUGGGUAUUUAAAGUAGCAGGUAAGACAGGGGGCUGUGUUGGGCGCUGCAGAGGUCAGGCUUGGGAAGGCAGAGUGAUGAUGAGGUAGAGCCUCACGGGUCAGAGGUCUUGCCACAGCCCCCUCUGAGCCGCUCACGUCACCCUCACGCCCACUGUGUUUCCACCCUGCGGGCUGUGUCUGGCGCAGGAAACACGGCGGAGAUGGGAACACACAUAAGUCUGCUUUGGAAGAGAAACGUUAGUUGAACACUAAGAAGAGCGGGCAUCUUUGUUUAUUCUCAGGACCUUUUGUAACAGGGCUACAUUCUGCAAACUGCUCACACGAGAAGACUACACGUCUUAACAGACAAGCCACUGAAUCCUCCCAACCUGGGCCUGUUUUAGUGAUGGCGGAAGAAUCCUUGAGCAGAUCGGAGGCCCUAGAUUAUUAGGGUGCUAGUGCUCUGGAGCCUUCUCUCUCCUCCUCCCCACCCCACCCUUUCCCUAGCAAAUAGAUGUCUCUCCCCUUGGGCCUGGCAACCCAUUGGACAAGUGACUUUGUUCACAGAUCGGUGGGGGUGCCAGGCCUGAGGGCGAGGACGGCUUUAUAUACCUCUUCCUUAGUCACGCAAGUUCACGUUUCUGCGGUGGGGUGAA